AUGGUAACCAGCGCGGCGUCUAGCGGAGGACCAUGUCUGCCGGGGAUGAAGGGUCCGAGCGGCGCUUCGCUUUCCGUUAUCUCCCCCAGAAGACCCUCCCCUCCCUGGAGAGCAGGGAUACGCAGGGCCGGCUCCGCAAAUGGUCCAUGCAUGGCAGAAUCACCGUGCAAGCAUUCAGUUUUGACCAACAUUUUAAGACCUAUCAAAAGGAUGAAUUUGUUGAGGCAUUUUUUAAUGAUCCAAAUGUUAGUGCCAAUUUGAAAUUGCUUACAGCUUCUGGACAGUGGACUACACUAGGUACCAAAGUGAAAAAAAUUGAAGCCACAGUUGUUCCCUGUACACAAGUUUCCAUGUCAUUUUUUGACCGACUGUACUCUGAAGAAGUUGUUAGAGAAACUGGCCAUAUUGUUAAGUGUUAUGAUGACUAUUAUGAUGGCAUUCCCAUCUCAGAUGAGUUAAGAAAGGUUUUGCUUCUGGAAGAUUCUGACCAUUUUGAUUUAUUCAGCCAGUCAAAUCGUGAGGAGUUUCUCUUCUGUCUUUUUAAGCAUCUUUGCCUUGGAGGAACUCUCUGUCAAUUUGAAGAUGUGCUUGGUCCAUACCUAGAAACUACAAAGGCUUUAUAUAAAGAUCUUGUAAGUGUUCAAAAGGAUCCUGUAACAAAGGAAAUAAUUAUUACAUCAACUGUCUUCAAAGUUUCUGCGUAUGAUGAAAACGGUAUGUGCUAUCCUUCAACCAAAAGCCAUGAACAGACAUUUGCCUACUUGAUUGUGGAUCCUCUGAAACGACUUGUUCAUGUUUUGUACCAUUCUUUUGGUGGGAGCUUAUUUUUUAACUGAUUAUUCUUAAUCUCCAAUUCUGUGUAUUAGCAGUAUAAUGGAAUGGAGGAGCUCGUCUUUCUAUAUGGAAUUAAUUAAAAAUUCCAUAGUUCCCUUCCCUUCAAUGAAAUACACAUUGCCUGGCUAUGCAAAAAUGUGAACUGUGAUAUACAUUUUCCGUAGUUUUUGUUGAAUUAUUAAGAAGGAAUGUUUUCUGUUCACAGAAAAAUCAUAAUUUUAUACAAAAUGUUUAAAAAGUCUUUGCUCUUGCUAAAUUGACUUUAACUGUAAGAUUCAGAUCCUGCAAACACUGAUGCUUGUACAUACUUUUACUUAAGGAUAUAGCUGCCUAAGCCCCCCUUGAAGGCAAUGGAACUAAUCAUACAUAAAUCUUUACAGGAUUGGGGCCAUAGUGAGUGCAUCAGACUGUCUGAAUAUGACUUACAUUAACUUGCAUGGAAUUCUUACAAGAGUCCAUGAAUCUUGCUCUUUCAACCCCCUAUAUUUUGUUACCUGUUGUGUUUCAAAAGCCUCAAUAAAUAUAUUAAAACUGU